GGACCAACCCAAACCCCCCCAAAUCUCACUCCCCAAAUGCCUCCUCUCCACUGAUUCCUCUCCGCCGCCGCCGCCGCCUCGCUUCCUCGUCGCCGGCUCGCCGCGCCGGCGGCAGCAUUGUGAGCCUCCCUCCCCUCCCUGUGGCUGUGCCUCCCCCGGUGGCCAGCCGCCGGCCUUUGGCAGUAGUCCCUGCGCGGCGGCGGGCCGGCGGCGAGGCUGGUCUGGACGCGGCGGAGGCGACUCCGUCCUUCCAUCUCGGCUUCGAAUCGAAUUCGAAGAGAGAGAAAAAUUUGGGGGGUUUGAGCUGAGCUGACCACCACGUCUAGGUCAGGUCCACCCCCCUGCUGUUCAAGCUGUGGAGUGAGGAGAUGCGUCUACUUUUGCCAAGGAAUUAGCGAGGCAUUGCCAGGUUUCCGAUGGAUAAUAAGCAUCAUAAGAAUGUUGAGGCAGGGAAAAGCUCAUUCCACAGGAUGGUUCUUGGGCAGCUUGUUGGGGAAUUCGGUUUCGACGAGGAGAAUGUUCCUUGCAAUACUCCGAGAAGCUCGGUUCGCUCGCGGUUCGGUGCUUCGGCUAGCAGAAUCGUCGCGUCUACUAGCGGUGCGUCAGUUAGCCCCGGUGAGUAUGUCAGAGAUCCUGGGUCCAUAUUGAGCCUGCAGCCUUGGAUCUUUAAGAGGAGUGGCUCUCAGAAGAAUGAGGAAAAGAUGAUGCUCGCAAGUGGUAGUAGGGUUGUUGGUGAAGGCAAGAAUCUGAUGGAUUCCUUUCGAGAUGGCUCGGCUGUUGAGGUCUCUCCAAGGAGCCCUGGUCUUGGUUCUGGACCUGGGAGAGGUCGAGGUGCUCUUAGGAGCAGACGGUCGCGUAGGCACUUGAUUAGGCCACUCGUGCCGAUGGAGAAUUCCUACAUUCCUCAACUUUAUAGUGCAGAUUUUGAAAUUGAUGAGUGCACGUUUGGGCCAGCUCCCUCCCCCGCUUCUGCUAGGCCGUUCAUCGUAACAGAUGGAAGGAGAGUCAUUAGUAAGUCACGUUAUCAACCAGUGCCUGUACCAUUUCAUAUUGGAUUUGAGAAGGAAGGGCGUCGAAACAGCUCAGAAAUGGUGGAAAGUGUAAUUGGGAUUGCUCCUCUACCUGAGCUGAAGAAAUCAAAAAGGGAGAGGCAGGGAUCACACAAUGGAGGGAUGGGUUUGUCUGCUUUCGAGAGUAGUAAGCCAUCAAAAUCAACAGAUUUACUUGCUCGACUGCGCAUAUUCUCUACUGGUGUCAGUAUUGGUAUUAUAUCAUCCACUUUAUCAAACAAGAAUGAGCUUGAUGCAUUAAAGGGUACAGUGAAACGAAUGGAGAACUUGAUUCAAGAUCUGCAUGAUGAGCUGGAGAUGAGAGAGGGUUUAACUGUAAAGGAAUUGCCUAAUGAAAUGUCUGUAAAAAUUGAUGAUGAUGAGAGCAAAGCUCAUGUAACUGAUUCAGAGCCCAUGAGCAAAAUCGAAGAAGAGCUUGAAGCUGAGCUUGCGAGAUUGGAAUUAAAUAUAACUUCAAACUGCUUGAAAGAACAAACAUUUGACUUCAGUGAGGUUGAACAGGAUCUCAUUGGAGAUAUUGUCCAGGGAGAACUGAAGAUCGAUACAACCCAUUGUGAUCUUGCUGACCACAGCAGUGAGAGUGCCCAUGGCAGGGAUAGUAGAGAAAGCUCCCCAGAUUACACACAUGAUGCAAACUAUCCUGUCUCACCUAGGGAUCUCAGCCUCCGUCUCCACAAGGUAAUCCAACAGAGACUCGAGGAGCGAAUCAAGGAACUUGAGACAACACUUGCCCAGAGUGAGAUGCAGACGCAGGUGCAAGUGAUGGCCACCGAGCAGAUCUUGUGUGAAAGAACCUGCUCAGACAGUGAUUCUGGUUCUCCCAACCAGGAAAGUCCAGUGUAUAUACAAGAAACUAACUCCUUGGUAGAACCGUUCUGUCUAAACCUAGCUGGAGACGCGCUAGAGGCUUACGAUGAAGCUUAUGAGGAAUUCAUGAGAAUUGCGGACUCCCCUUGCACCACAAGUACCAACGGGAAGCCUCAAGUUCAUGAAGAUUACUCGGUGGACCGCAGCUUGAUCUGGGGCUUGGAGGAUGGCAGUGCAAGGAAGCUGAAAAAAGUGCCCACUUGGGAGCGAAUUUUAAAGAGCAGAGAGCCUAACAGAACUCAGGAGAGUGACGGAGAUGAUGAAGAUGAAUUUGAAGAUGAUGACCAGGAUAGUAAGAUGCUCAUCCAACAGAUUAUAGAGAGAACUAAACAAGGCUCACCUGUACUAAUUCAUGCUCAAAGAAUAUUGUUUUCUGUGGAUGAUUAGAUUGUUGGACUAUAUUGAAUUAGAAUUUAGUGCCAAUUGAUUGUUUAGAGAAAAAAACAUAAUAUUAUUCUUUUCAUCAUCUUCCGGUGAUACAAUUUUUCAAUGUGUGUUAUAA